CGCAGUUCCCAUCCAUUUAUACAGAGCCUGCUUCACCAUUUGCUUUCUUCUUUCGCCUUCCUCCCAUCGCUUCCCUUCCCCACUAUUCCAACUAAUAUUACCAAAUUGCCCCUCAAAACCUUACCCAUAUCAUCGUUUUCUUCUUCCGUCGCAUCCAUAGGGUUUUGCUAUUCCGACUCAGCCCCCGCAACGCCAAUCGUUUCCGAUCCGAUUCCCCCACUUUUCUCGAUUAACCCUAAUUUUGACAAACCCUAGAGGCGCCGAUCCCCUAAAUACCAUCGCCCAGUUGUUUUCGGUUUGUACCAUUCCCGUUGACUUUGUUUCUGGGUUUAAGACGCUCUGCGUGCAGAGGAGCACCGGAUAUAAGGCUCUCGUUGAGCCAGUUUCUGCUUCGCCGUUCACGCGAUGUUGGGUACGGGAUUGCAGUUUAGGCACGGCCGCGGAGAGGAUCGAUUUUACAAUCCGGCGAGAGCUCGUAAGGCCCACCAGAACCAGAAGGCGGAGCAACUUCGCAGAGCUCAGAGCGACGUCACGCCCAGCCCGUCUCCUUCCUUGAAGGGUAACCCCAACCGCGAGCCGGAGAACCGGACGGCGUCUGAUGAGCCGCCCAAGCCCGUCGCCGUGCCUGCUUUUGAGCCCGUCGUGGAGCCCUUGAGUAAUCUCGAGCGGUUCUUGCAGUCGAUCUCUCCGUCCGUCCCCGCCCAGUACCUCUCCAAGAGGACGAUGAGAGGAUUGAGUACAUGCGACGUUGAAUAUCAGCCAUACUUUGUUCUUGGGGAUUUAUGGGAGUCCUUCAAGGAGUGGAGUGCUUAUGGUGCAGGAGUGCCUCUGAUUUUGAAUGACAGUGACUCUGUGGUUCAGUACUACGUCCCUUACCUGUCCGGCAUUCAAAUACACGGCCACUCUGCGAAAUUGGCAACUAAGACUAGGCGACUAGAUGAGGACAGUGAUAGUGACUUCAGGGAUUCUAGCAGUGAUGGUAGCUGUGAUUACGAAACUGAUAGGCUAAAAUAUUUGAGUGAGCAGCGGAAUCACCAAAUUCUGACUAGUGAAAUUCCUCGUAGGAUAGAAAGAUUAUCUUUGAGAGACCCGCAUUUACCACCCCAUGAAGACUGUUCCAGUGAGGAGGGCGAAUCUAUAAAUUCUCAAGGUUCCUUACUGUUUGAGUAUUUUGAACGGGACCUUCCUUAUUGCCGUGAGCCUUUAGCUGACAAGAUACUCCAUUUUCCUGAGCUAAAGACACUAAGAAGCUGUGAUCUACUGUCACCCAGCUGGAUAUCUGUUGCAUGGUAUCCAAUUUAUAGGAUUCCAACAGGACCAACUCUAAAGGAUCUUGAUGCGUGCUUUCUAACAUACCAUUCACUUUUUACACCCAUGAGAGGUGUACAAGAUGACUGUGCUCCUGUAUUGACAUAUCCAAGUGACAUGGAUGGUGUCUCUAAGAUGUCGUUACCUGCUUUUGGCCUUGCUUCAUACAAAUUCAGUCGUUCAUUGUGGACUCCGAGUGGUGGAUCUGAAAGCCAGUCAGCCGGCUCUCUUUUGCAGGCUGCUGACAACUUUCUAAGAACGCAUCGGGUCAAUCACCCAGAUUUUCUGUUUUUUAACCGUAGAUGAUAUCAAGAUGAUGCUAACUGUGAUGCUACUGCCACCGUUCUAGACGUGAAGCCUUUUGCACGGGUUACUUGUGAAAAGUCUCUUUAUUUUGUUAAACUCAUGGUGGCAAUUUGGUUUGCGGUGAUUCUGUCGUUUGGUUUUCUGUUAUUUACUAAAGGAGAAAGAAAAGAAAAGAAAAUGAAAAAAGAGAGGAUGAAGGGUAACCCACAGAAGAAAAGUGAAGCUUUUGGCAUGAGAUGAAAGAGGCUCAGUAAAAAGUGAAUAGAAGGAAAAUAUAGUUAGAUAAUCUAUAGAAGGUCUAGCUCUAAAUGGAAGUUACUGCUUUUGAUGUAAACAAGUUUUUAUCUUGCUUGUUUCCGUUGUUUUUUGUUGGUAGUAAGAAGAGUACAUUAACUAU